AUGAGAUCUGAUCCGAACACCAAAAAUUUCGACGCCCUCUAUGAGUUCCACCAAGAACGUGGGCACAAAACAGAAGAUUGCAUCGCCCUCAGACAAGAAGUCGUAAACAUGCUACCGCAGGGACACCUCAAAGAGCUGUUAAGCGACAAGGGGAGAAGCAACUUCAUCAGAGGACGUGAACACCAAGGUCCGCCGAAGCCGCCAUCACCAGCUCGUACUAUCAACAUGAUCAUCGGCGGCAGCGAUGACACCUCUAUCAAUAGUGUGAAGUUCACCACCACUCACAAGGUCAAGCGAUCUAUCACCCGCGAACGGUACGACAGACUCGAAGAAAGUAUCAUCUUCGAUGAGUUCGAUGCCGACGGUUUGUCUUUCCUUAAUAAUGAUGCCCUCGUUAUUACUUUAUGCAUUUUAGAUACUAAUGUCAAACGUAUCAUGAUGGACGAUGGAAGUGGGGCAUGCAUUAUCCAUCCCCCAGUCCUCACCCAAAUGAGACUCGAGGAUAAGAUAGUGUCGCGCUGCAUCAUGCUAACAUAUUUUAAUAAUGCAGUUGAGCAGACGUCAAGGGAAAUUACGCUCCCCGUAUUGGCCGGCGGAGUAACUCUGGAGACGACAUUCCAUAUCAUGAACUAG